UCUUCUAGGAGACAUCGAGGGCGACAAUUCGGUGAUGCACCGCGAUAAUAUCAAAGUAGUUUGGACCGCAGGUUCAGAUGACAGCGGAUAAAAAAAAGACUUUUUUUUUUUCUUUUUUAUCGGAAAGGAGACCGCUUGAUUGUUUUCGACAUCCUCUUUUAUAGUAUGGCGAAAUUAAUGUAACUUUUUCUUUUACUGCCUUGAUUGAGAGAAAAACGCAUUGUUUAUUUGUGGAGUUUCUGAAAGAAAAGUAGAAGAAAUAAAAAAUGACUCAGUUGUGGAUUCGGAUCCAUUAUGUGUUUUCUACCAGCUCUUGGAAAUUCUUUAACAGUUCGAAGAUGGAAAAUCGUCACACAAAUGAUGACGGCUGCACGAAGUUGGGGUUUAUUUUUCCAUGAUGAGUUUUGCUAUUUGAAAUGAAGACGAAGCCCUACCCGAAGGGUCGGUGGGAUAAUCUCAUCUACGCUUUGCUUAUCUCACUUCACUUCUCCGUGAUUCUGUGCCGACCCGCGAGUCAUGCUACUGGCGCCAAGUCACUCACAAACUUUGAUUCAUCGAUCUCAUCAGCUAAAGAACGCUCCGCAACGAUUCAUCAUAAUCCUCAUCACCCAGCAUCUAAUUCCAUACAUUCCACACAGGAUCUGAAAACAGACUCCAUGGCUAAAUUUGGCGAGAAAGACUCAAAAUCCGCCAACUUUCUCAUUCCCUCUUACUUGAAUGACGUUUCCCAGAGAAGGGACAACAGUGCCGGAAACGAUCUCAUGAAAGUUCCGUUAGAGAACGCGGAUUCGUUUCAAGUCAAUGGUAAUCAUUAUGGGACUGCUGGCGGCAGCCGUCUCAUUCAAGGGACAAACGUAUUUUUGAAUCGUGACCAACACCACGACGUCAUCGAUGGCUCUGAAGAGGUUUACGAGGAUACUGCUCGUCUUCAGACGUCAUCAGUGAUGGAUAAGAAUGAAGUGGCACCGCUCAUUGAUGAAUCCACGCCAAACCGGAACUUGAGCCGGAAACGACGUCAACCUUUGGACACGCAGAAAGGAUCCCAUCGCUGGCGUCGUAAGAGGAGGAGGAGACACAGGCUCCUACUUCGCUCCAGGAACUACUUGAAUCCUGGAGACUCCUCAGGUGGCCGUGACCGCUUCCUCCUUAAGGCAGACGGUCCGGGACAAGUGAUCUUUGGCGCAGACGAGGUUAAGAAGGACUGGUGCAGAACAAUCCCUUUUAAUCAAACUGUCACAUCAGGUAGGUGUAAACCCAAAGUGGUCAGGAACAAUCUCUGCUAUGGACAGUGUAAUUCGUUUUUCAUCCCUCAGUCGGAAAGGACCAGCAAUAAGGUAGCAUUUCAAUCUUGCGCCAAUUGCAAACCACAGAGGCUGAGGUGGGUGAAUGUCACUCUUUCCUGUCCUGGCCAAAAUCCACCGAAAGUUCAAACGACUAUUCUCAAAGUUGAAUCUUGCCGAUGUAUCGCUGCCGAGAGAGAUGAAGUGAAACAAGGUAUGAGAUACCAGCGUAAAAAGUCAAAAUCCAAUUAUGCUUCCCAAUGAUAUAGAAACACUUGCCGCUUUAUAUGCCAAAGAAUAGAUGGUGCUUAUUUAUUGUGUGAAAGAAACUUCAUUUUUAAUAAGGAAGGAAAGCUUUUGGAUUAUCAGUAUCCAUUCUCUUAUCCCAAUACACAUUUAUCAUUGUUUCAUUUGAAAAUAAAAUAAAGCAAAGUCAUUCGUGAAAGUUUAUGAAAGAAACGUAGUGGAAAGAAAAUCAUAUUUUCUCAAGAAUUGCAUAAUGUUUAUAAAAUUAAAAAAAAAAAAGAUUAUUUCAUUUUUAAAUUUAUUUUCAGUGCUUUGAAAUUCAUAUACUUUAUUAUGGUAAUAAAUAAUACCAAAUUAUCGUUUCACUAAUGAAGACCUUGAAGGGUAGAACCUGUUAAACGUCUCAAGGCUAGAUGUUUUGUUGUACCAUGUAGUUGCAUUGCUGCGUUCACAUUACAAUGACUGUUUAAUUAUUAGUAUUAACGGACGUACUAAUAAAAAACAAAGGCACAUUCAUUUAAAAUCAUUUAAAUAAUGAAAUUUAUAAUAAAUAAAUAACGUCGAAUCAAUUUCAUAAUAUUCAUGUAACACAAGCAGAUUAAUAAUUGUUAUUAAAAUAAAAAAUAUAUUAUGUAAUAUAUUUCGAUAAAAGUAUACAUCAAUUAAAAAUUCAGCAUGUACAUUCAUUUUGUAAAAUAUUUUCACUUGACUUAUUUUAUUCAUUAGAAUAUAAUCUAUAAUAGUCCAUAUCCAUAUAAUUAAAAAAAAAUUCCCAGUAACGCAAUUUGCUUUACAUAUUACAAAUUAGACUAAUGGAAACCUUACCAAUAAUUAUUCUUUAUUUCUAUUUAGCAAUUGAUAGUAUUUUUAAUUUUUUGAAAAUAUUCUUAAAUUAUUUGUUUUCUCUACAUGAGAGUUAUUUAUGCGUAUGUUUUUUUAUUUCAAAUUCCCAAUUUGAGGUCUCUUGUUCUAUUGUGUAUUUCUUAAGUUAAGUAAAUUUAAAUAAGGAGGUCUACCGAUAUAAUUUAACAAUUUUCAAGUGCUUUUAACAACUUUCUAGAAACGAUAAAUACGAUUUCCAUUUUCCAAAUCCUAACCAACAGGUGUUUUUAAAAAAAUCGAGAUUAUAAGCGUUUCCUUUAAUCAGAUCUCUCUAGCAACUUUUUUUUUGUCUUAGCCGCUUUAUAAUCUGAAUGAAAACAAUGUUUGUUUACAAUGUUCCACAAACCAAAUGGCCGGAGCGGCGUCGCUUUGACCGCUCUUAGCACGGAAUUGCAACACAAAAGCGACGCGUGCUCGCAAUCUCGCAUCAAUACUUAUUUAUCUCGACUUGGUACUUAUCUGUUACCCGUUCUAAGAUUUGGGAAAUGGAAUCGCGGUAUUUUACACCUAUGGUUUAGAGUCUACCGGCGAACUACAAUAGAAUUGAGGUGACGUGUUGCCUUGCUGAAAGCGAGGUAAAUAAGAUAAAAGAUCUCUUUCUAUUUUUUCUUUGAAGACAAGGCUUUUGUUCGCAUCAAAUCUAAUGUUGAUACGAACUUAAGUGGGAUGAUAAUCAAGUAAAAUCAGUGUGGCGUCCUUUGCAAGAUAAUGAGCCGAGAUAGCAACAAGACAAAAUACCUUGCAAAAAAAAUUACGGUCGUGUCUACGGAAUGCAUUAUCUUCUUUCCGCUGUGUUCUGGAUUUUAUUGGAAAUUUUUAUAGGCUUAAUAUGUAGAAAAAAGAAUUAAAACGAAAAAGUAUUUCAUAAUAUUUUUUUAUCAAAGUUUACCCCAUCAUGAAAGUUUCAAAUUUGUUCUUGCAGCACUAAAAAUCAACUUUAGAAAGCAGUUUAAACAGUUUUACCAGAAGAAAAAUUUUACUGAAUUUUACAGAAUUUUUCUCCCUAUAUAUUCUGAAUUUCAUUGCAAUUUUUUUGUAAGGAUUAAUCAAGUAAAAAUAUAAUUCAACAGUUUUCUUUUAUAAAACAAUUUGAAGCUAUUUCUUUGAAAACUCGUGAGAAAAACUACCAAGUUGUAUCCAACAGUAUUUCAGAUUUGUUAGCGAAAUAAUCAAAACAAAAUUAUUAUUUUCUCUAAAUACAACUGAUUAUAUUACCAAAAAAAGAUAUAUUUUCUCUGGUAGGUGACAAAGCUUUGUAUUCAAAGAAAAGAAAAUAUUUGAAUACUUAAAUUUGAAAAAAUUUAAAAAUUUAAAUUUAAAAUCAAAAGAAUAAUAUAUACAUGCCAUUAUUUUAAUUUAUUUAAAAAAGACUGUUUUCAGUAUUAUUUAGCAGAAAUGAUAUUUUGAAAGUAAAUAAUAAACUUGAAUGGUACAUUCCAUCAUAACAUUUUGCAUCGCAUGUGAAGUUAAUAAAUUAACUCUUUACAUAUGAAUAUUUGAUAAAGGUUUAUUUGUCCUUUUUAGACUUUUUAUUAAUUACCAUUGCCCUAUUUGUCAUUGAAAAGAAAGCUUAAAACAUAAAAUUGAAAAUUAUUUCAUUUCCAAAAAUAAAAUUUAACGAAUAAACGCAGUUAUAUUAAACACAUUUUGAGACAUAGAUAUUUUUGCCAAACAAUAAAAAUUAUAAUGCGACUUCGUAAUUAAUUAUUUUCCGAAAAUAGAAAUGAAGUUUGUUGCACAACGAUUGGAACCUGAUAUAUUCUGAUUCCAAUUAACCGUGUGCACUCAGGGACAAGUUGCAUUAGCAAAUCUGAUAUCUGUAAAAUUGCAAUUAUUUCCCAAUCCAAUUAAUUGUAAAAAAGCUUAAAUGAUACUGUCAGAAAAUAAUUUUCAAAAAGAAACCUUCCUAUUCAACAAAUUGAUUUUAUGUAAAUAAUCUAACAUUAGUUUCUUUUAUUCGAAAUGCAUUUACCCUUUAAGUACCGACUAAAAAAAUCUAAAAAAUACUAAAUUUAUUAUUGAAUAAAGUUAAAUAAAAAUUUUAUUGACGUACUGAAUUCGUCAUCCAUAAUUUGGCAAAAUGGUUUAAAGACGAGUCUUGGCCGUCAAAUGUAUCCAAGUGUUAAACUUAUAAUCAAUGCAUUUCGACAAAGUUUUUUUUAUUUAAUUUCACACUCCAUUUUGUGGUUUAAAAUUAAUUUAUGAAUUUCCAAAUUUACUGUUUACAAUUUUUCAAAACUCUAACAGUAUUUUUUCAUCCAUACAGUCCCAAAGUGUUUUAUAGAAUGCAAUAUUUUAAAUAAAAAUUAACUCUUUGGUCGUAAUAUCAAAAGAUAAAAAUAGAGACCUUCAAAUAGAUGUACUUGAAACUGCUCAUAGACAUUUUUGAGUCUAUUAGCCUUUUAUCUCAUUAAAUUAUUUCGCUCGGUCGAAAUUGAGCAAAAUUUCUUUGAUAUACUUUGAUAAUGAUAAUGAGCUUGAAAAAUAUGUAAUGGAUUUUAUCUAUGAUCACAUUGAUAAACUAUAAUUUUUAUAAUACGUUUUGAAAAUAUCUGACUUUUAGCAAAUAAAUAUCAUUCAUUUUUCUCAUCAUUUGGAAUCUCUUGAUUUGUUCUAACCGUUUUGUGUCAUCUGUGAAGUUUCGGAUUAGUACACGCUCAUACUUUUCAUGGACCAUUUGCAUGAACCUAAAGCCUAAAAUUAUUUUGAUGAUAUUAGAUAAUUCCUGAUAAAGGAACAUUUCUAAAACCAUGUUUUAUUUUUUUAUUUAUAUUAAUUUUUUUCAUAUGAAUGUUAGUAAUUAAAAUUUUUAAAAAGGAAAUAAAUUCAUGAAUUGUGAAAUUUUUUUUUAAUAAGUCAAUGAAAUAUUACUUCAGUUAAACAUUUACAUUUAUUUUUAUUCAUUUAUUUCUUCUACUAUCAAUACGCAUUGACAAAAGUAAAAUAAGUAUCACUUUUAAAUUUUAUAUUUUUCAACAAACUUCAUUAGCGCAAUUUUUUUCUAAAACAAGCUGCAAAAAUUUGAUGGCGGUCUUUUUUAAAGUAUUAUGACAAAUAUUAAUAAGCCUUGAUAACUUGAAAAAUUUUCGCAUAGAAUGUCCAGUUACUUGCUAUGUGCAUUUGAUUUUUAUUACUAGUUUUCAGCUUUUGAAACUGGUAGAGAAACAUAUUGAUGGAGGUCUUUAUAUUAAAAAUCAUAUUUUCUGACAGAGUGCAGAAAAUAAAUAGAUUUUUAGUAUAAAUUUUAUAAAGCAUAUAUGAAAUGCGAUAAUUUCAUAAUGAUAUUUUUUUUCCAUUUUGAGUCAUAUUAAUGGAAAUUUUCUAUGCAUAAAGUUAUCAUUGAUCGUCAUUUUUAAGAAUUGACCCAUUUCUGUUUUUUGAUAAAAGGAAUUUUCCUUUUUUAAUGGUUAUGAAAAUAUAUACUGCAUAUAUUUCAUAAUAAUUUCUUACACGAGUUUAAAUAUAUUUUGCGUAUUAGUUAUCUCAAUCACUUUUCUGAGUUACGUCAUGUGACAAGAGUAUUGUGAGAAAAGAAUUUUUUUUUUGUAGUAUGUAUGUUUUCUCAUACACUUCAAAUAUUUUUAUUGUAAAAUAUAUUGAAGGCAAAUAUGAUUAUUUUUGUAUUGGAAUUUAUUUCAAAAUUUUAUGUCAUUCAUCAUCAUGCUCAUAUGAAUUGUAAAUAUUU